CUGUAAAGAAGACUAUUGUACUAACCUCAAAUCAAACCUCCCCUGAGCCAUACCAUUUCGCAUUCUGCGUUUGAGAAAACAAAGGGGUAAAUUAAGAUAUUUUUGUUAAAAAAUGUGAUUAUUGCCCGCGGCAAUGUUUGCCAAUUACGAAACGGUCGAAAGGCGGUGAAAUGGUCAAGGGCGGCUCCAAGAAUUCGUACUUGCGGCGUUACAAAGCGUGUUUCCUAAUAGGUUUGACGAUAUUAUCUUUUCAAAUAUUACUCGUGGCGAAUUUUCUGACCCAGAACCGAAGCGACGAGCCGCAGAAGCAGUGGGAGCCGUCCGACUCGAAUUCUCACGAUGCCGAAUUUUACUCGGCAGCGUCUGCAGCUAGAAACUUGAGCCAUUUGAAACUAGACGAUUUGGAGUUUGACGUGCCCUGCACGGUGACCGGAAAGGAAGCGCUGUCCGCCAUAAGCAGGGCCAAGAGUCAAAAAUGCAAGCAGGAGAUAGUGAAUGUCACAUGUCUCGCGCUAGAAGGCAAGCUGUACCCGUCAGAAUUGAAGUCCAAGUGUCCGAAAGGUAAUUUUGAAGGAGGAAAGGACCUGGGAUGUUACAAGGACGACAAGGCUUUCCGGCUGCUUACAGGAUACUUCGGCAGAAAUAAAGUCGAAAAUUCUCCACAAUAUUGCAUUAAAUUGUGCCUGCAGUCGGGUUUCCCUUAUGCUGGGGUUCAGUACUCAAUCGAGUGCUUCUGCGGGGCCGACGAGCCGCCGUCGUCCGCCAAAGUGCCAGAUUCCUCUUGCAACAUGAAAUGCCCCGGCAAUCAGCACGCCACUUGCGGUGGAUAUUACACCAUAAACAUUUAUCAAACGGGAAUCAAAAAAUUUAUAGCUCAAAUCGCCAACGAUAAAGUUAUGGAAGCGAAACCGGUAAAAAUCGUCUUUUUGUUGACCCUAAACGGGCGAGCUUUGAGACAAGUACGCAGGCUCAUAAAGCUGCUGUACCACAGGGACCACUACUACUACAUUCACGUGGAUAUCAGGCAGGACUAUCUGUUCAGGGAGCUUUUACCGCUGGAGAGCUUGCCGAACGUGCGGCUGACACGCAAGAGGUUCGCGACCAUAUGGGGCGGGGCGUCCCUGCUGGAAAUGCUCCGUUCCUGCAUGAACGAGCUGUUAAACCACCACAGGUGGAGCUGGGAUUUCGUUUUAAACCUCAGCGAGUCGGACUACCCGGUUAAGACAGUCCAGAAAUUGACCUCCUUCCUGAGCAAGAACAAGAUGCGCAAUUUCGUGAAAUCGCAUGGACGCGAGGUGCAGCGCUUCAUCCAAAAACAAGGUCUCGACAAGACAUUCGUCGAGUGCGAGACAAGGAUGUGGCGGGUCGGUAACCGGAAAUUGCCGGCCGGAGUGCAAAUAGACGGCGGUAGCGAUUGGGUCGCCCUCUCGCGUCGUUUCGUCGAGUACGUCGCCGGCCCGACCUCCGACGACCUCGUCUCCGGCCUGUUGACGGUAUUUCGACGCACGCUGCUUCCGGCCGAGUCGUUUUUCCACACGGCGCUACGCAAUUCGGAGUUUUGCGACACGUACGUCGACAACAACCUCCACGUGACCAACUGGAAGCGGAAGCUCGGCUGCAAGUGCCAGUACCGGCACGUCGUUGAUUGGUGCGGCUGCAGUCCGAACGAUUUCCGGCCGGAAGAUUGGCCGAAGGUGCUCAACACUUCGCCCAGACCGAUCUACUUCGCGCGCAAGUUCGAACCGGUCGUCAAUCAGGCGGUGAUCCUGCGCCUGGAGCUGUGGCUCUUCGGGCUGCAGCAACCGUCGAGACAGGUUCCCAACCUCGACUCGUACUGGCAGAGCGUCUAUCACCACCUGGACCUUGGCGCCUCUACUGACGCGGGCCUGAUCGCUCUGGCGAGCAGCGUGGGACGGCUCGCCGCCAAAACUUUUGCACCUUGCGGUCUGUCGCCAGGUCGAUUGCUCGAAAUUUACAGUUUCCACCGUCGCGACGCUUACGAGUACUCGCUGUUUAGUUUUGACAGCGAUCGCGGCGCGGUAGAGGUCGCCGUGAGGCCGGUGGGCGAAGGGCGGCGCUUCCCAUUUCUCGACCGCGUCGCCACCUUCACCGUGAGCACCGACUACGACCAGAAGGAACAGAUUUCUCGCAACUUUCCGCGCGUCAUCUCGCCCCUCGGCGAACCAGUGCUCGCGUACCGAUUCGAACCGACAGAUGGCGCCAAAACGUACAAUUUGACGUGUCUGUGGGUGGAUCCGGCGGGCGUGCUUCGCGACGCCACCGCAUUCACCGUCGACGACGCUCCGUCAGGCUACGUCCGUCCUAACCUCAAACCGCCCCACACGCCGGGGGCGUGGCUCGUCAAAAUCGUCCACGGGCGCGUCCUCGCGGUCGAAAUCCAGUUCCCAGUCAUACCGACGGGGUAUUUCGACGUCGCGGCGUCGGACGACGGCCCGGACGCGACGCCCUAUGCGCACUUUUUGCCCGGACAGUCGGAGAGGGCUGCGCUCGCGAGGAAGGCGGAGGAAAACUCGCGGAGGCGGGGCGAAGGCUUCGUCGAGUGGACGGACUCGUUGGUGAACGCGUUCUACGCGGUGGAGAAGGCGUGCACCACCUCGCGGUUGGAUUGCGAGGUCGAAGCGUGCACCGAGACGUGGUGGAGCAGCAGAGCGCCGGACCCGAAAAGUGCCAUAGACGGGACGGUGAAUGAGACCACGGGGACGUUCGACGUGUGGUGAACGCGCCCCCUCGCGGCCAAAGAUAAAUGUGAUAAAAACGGUGCUCGAAGCGUGGUGUUUUUUUUUUCCUUCUCCCCAGUGACGGUGCGCCGAUAUACGUUAUUUUUUUACGUCGUUCCCUUCCCUGUGGCAGGGAAAACAAGAACUACGCGAAAAUAAGGACGACGUUUGGUUAAUAAUAACGUUGAACCAAAAAUAAAGUAAACCGCACGGAAAUGUUGGUUUUGGUUACUCCAUUGAAACUCCCUUCUUCGCGCAUUACUGCGAGACGAGAGCUGGGAAUAUAUGAACUAUCGGGAGACAUGUAAACCAAAAUUGUGCCCAAAAUUAUUUUAAUUAGCGCUUUAGAAACACGACAUUGACGGUAGUCUCAUUGUUGGAAAUAAAGAC